AUGCUUCCUCUCUUCACAAAGAUGCUUCCUCUCAUUCUUACAAAGUGCUUCCUCUCUUCUCAAGUAUCCUUCCCUCUCUCAUUACAAGUGAACUUCCUCUCUUCAAUCAAAGUGCUCCUCUCAUUCAGUCAAGAUGCUCCUCUCUUCAACAACAGAGUACUUCCUCUCUUCAAUCAAGAUGCUUCCCUCUUCAACAACAUGAAGCUACUUCCUCUCUUAUUAGAUCUUCCUUAA